GGAUUGAAUUAUUCGAUGCAUCUGAUAUGGGACGUUGUCAAUUUGCUAUGAAUUCUGCACGUGGUUGUCCUGCAGGCCCAUUAUCUGCUUGUCAACAAUUAAAUAAAGUGAUUACUCAUGUACAAAAAUCAAAUCCUUCCAUUAAUUCCAGCUCAAAUGUUAUUUCGGCCUCCUGUCGAAAAGUUUCAAAUCAAAAUUUCCUUGAAUCUCAAACUCAAUUAGCUUUAUCAUUUGGAUCAUCCAAUGAAUAUCGUUAUUGGCUUACUCGUUGGUUCCGUCAACUCAUUGAAGAUAAUGAAGAAGAACGAGUUCGUCAAAUAAUUCAAGAUCUCAUUGGUCCUGUAUCUGGAACUAACAAACUACAUUCUACUUUACAAUCAGAAAUAAAGGGUAUAUCAAGGCAUAUAUUAGCCAAAGAAUUAUUAAGUUUAUUUGCAUUGAAUUUACAUUUACAACGUUUAUAUGUUGAAUUAAAUGAAAUGUUAAAUGAAUUCAGAUGAUGAACAAUUGAACAACACUAACACCAACACCAGCGACAACUCUAUUCUUCAUAUAUAACCUGUUUAUUAGUAUAUUAUUGAAGAAGAGCGCAUCUAUUUCUCUCCUCUCCUCUCCUCUCCUCCUCCUUCUUCUCUUUCAUUAAUAAACAAUUAAUUAUUUUUUUCUGUAAUUAGUAAUUAUUACUUAUUAUACUUAUAUAUAUAUAUACCUCUUUAUACUUUCAACUUUUUAUUAGUAGUAUUAUUUUAUUCUUGAA